CCAACUCACUCCAAAUGAUAUUUUUGAUGAAAAAAAGCACGACUAUCAUCAAUGAUGUAGUGUCACUUAAAACCACGUUUUCGUCUUCUCUUAUUACCGUGUUCGUCAUCUCUUUCUUUUCCCUCUGUCUAUCUGCUCAUCAUCACUAAUUGCUCUUUCUCUUGUUACUCUUUUUAUCAUCUCUUUCUCUGUGCUUUUGUACACACAUUCAUCCGCUAUCAGCUGCUUCAUUAGCAUCAUGUAAACCAAUCAACUUUCAAUUCAACUUUUUAAUCAUUUUUACACAAUUUACGAUUCUUUUAAACUUUGUUCAAAAAUUUGUUUGUUUUGGGUUCCUCUUUUCGUGUAUUCACAAACAUCAAUCAAAUUUGAUUAAUUUUGCCCUUUUGUAUUUUGGGUUUCAAUUGAAGAUCGAGUUCAUCUGAAUAUUUGUCUGAGUGAUUUUUUUUCUUCUUGAAAUUUCAGCAAAUUCUGGUGUCGAUUUGUUUUGUUUUUUAUAUCAACCUUUUUGGUGUUUUAUUUUUCAAUGUUCAAUGAGAUUCUUCAUUUUAUUGUUGUUUCUAACUGUUUACUUUGCCACUUUAUCCACUCUAAUGGUUGGUUCAAUGUUUCAUCGUAAUGAUUAUGGGACACAUUUCGGAUUCUGUAUUGAUUAAUCAAUUGGCUUCUAUGAGUGCCAAUGUUGGAGUUUUAUUGUCAAAUCAAAUUGAUUCAGCUUCUCACCCUUUUCAUUACCAUUCAUCGUUAGAAACAGUCAACCCUUUUUCAUUACCAGGAUCUUUAUCUUCUUCAUCGCCAUCUUCUUCCUCUUCAUCUUCUCCGACGUUUUCGUCUUCGUCAUCAUCGUCGUCGUCCUCUUGCAAUUCGCUUUUAUCUCCAAUUCCAAGUGUACCAUCUUUACAUUCAAAAUCUUAUCCUUCUUCAUCAACAUCAUCAUCUUCACCAUCUUCUUCAUCAUCAAUGUUACCCGCAUUUCAUUUUACCCAGGAACAAGUCGCCUGUGUUUGUGAGGUUCUUCAACAGUCUGGAAGUAUUGAGAGGUUAGCACGUUUCCUCUGGUCACUUCCAUCAUGUGAACCUUUUCAAAAAAAUGAGUCCGUUCUUAAGGCGAAAGCAAUUGUCGCUUUUCAUAGGGAAAAUUUCAAGGAACUGUAUCGCAUUUUGGAGAGUCAUCAUUUUAGUCCAGCAUCUCAUCAAAAGUUACAGGCAUUGUGGUUAAAAGCUCAUUAUAAGGAAGCUGAAAGAGUCCGGGACAAACCUUUAGGUGCAGUUGGUAAAUACAGGAUUCGUCGUAAGUAUCCUUUACCGAGAACCAUUUGGGACGGUGAGGAGACUUCCUAUUGUUUUAAGGAAAAGUCGCGCAACAUUCUCAGAGAAUCGUACAACGAGAAUCCGUAUCCUUCGCCGAGAGAUAAAAAGAUGCUUGCCGAACAAACUGGACUCUCAACGACCCAAGUAAGCAAUUGGUUUAAAAAUAGAAGGCAAAGAGACAGAGCUGCUAACCAAAAAGAUGGUGGGGACAAGUCGGGUGGAAAUGGUUCGGGUUCAAAGUUGAAAAAUUUGGACGAUUCCUCUAACUCUGGUCAUUCAAGUGACGUUACCUUGCGCGGUGAGAGUCCGCCUUUGAUUAAAAGUGGAAGUCGCGCUUCUGUAUCAUUGACUCCAACUGGCAGUCUUACUGGACUGGGUGCCACACUGUUACCCGAGAGUCGUACCAAUGGUUCAUCGUCUUCAAGUGAAAUGGUUGAUGCAGUCAACAUGGCAGCAAGCUACCAUCAAUCGGUCCAAUCCAUGUCCAGUGGUUCAGCUGCAGCAGCAGCAGCCGCGGCCGCAGCAGCAGCAGCAGCUUACCAUCAUCAUCAUCACCAUCCUCACCACCAUUCAGGUUUCAAGUUUACUCAUCAUCAUUCACUUUCCACCAACGGAUCAGUCACUGGACCGUCAACUGGAGGUAACCUGGGAUCACUUGAUGGCAACACUGGAAUCUCAGGCAAUCCUAGCAUCUCCACCGUCUCAUCCAAUUCAGCUCAUCCCUCAAGUCACUCACAUCAUCAUCUUCCUCCUCACCUCCAGUCCCACCAUCAUCAUCACUCACAUCAUCAUCCAAGUCUUCUUUCAAGUGAUUCACUAGCCAUGGCAUAUGCUCCCAAUGAGCUGAAACGUUUCAAUUUCAACGAGCCAAUGUGCUGAAAGACAAAAAAAGAUAAAGAGAAAAAAAAAGAAAAGAAAAAUUUUCAAUUCUUUUUUCUAACCCAAAUUAUAAAUACAUAUUAUACAUACCUAUCACCACCCCUAGCCCAACAUCAUCACCCUUUAAUUUAUAUAAAUUCAUCCGUUUCCAGUAAAAUCGUUUCAUCAUUGAGCAACAGAAAAAAGAAUUAUCUAAAAAAUUUUGACAGAACAUUGGUGCUAAUCAACAAGUUCAAGUUCAAGUUUCAAGACACGUUUUGACCAUAAAAAUAAUUUCCCUGAGCCGUUCAUCCGAAAGCUUUUUUUCCUUGCACUUGUCAUCAUGAUCAUUACCAUCAUCAGCACAAUCCAAAAACAUAUGAUGAACAAUACUCAAUGAAUAAAAAAUGAUGAACAUGAUAAAAAGAAGCAGAUGAAUUUGAACAAUUUUCCAGCACGUAAAGACGCUAAAACGUUGAAGCAAUAAUUUUGUGUUCCUUUUCCAACGGUGACCAUCAGGGGUAAUGUGGCAAACCUGACAACUGAUUAGCACCUUGGUACAGUCACUUCAUGAUUCAUGACCACUCACUGCAAUAUGACAACAAAAAAGAGGGAAACACUAAACUCGAUGUUGAACUGAUGGCCGAUGAGCGAUGAUGAAAACGAUGUUAACGAGACUCAUUUCUUAGGCAUUGUUAAUUUAUGUGAAAACACACACAAAAGUCAUUCCUAUUCAUUUUUGUCACCUUGAAUUUAAUUUGUAAUUUGAUCGAGAUUCAAUUUAAUCAUUUUAUUGUAUUAUAUUAAUCAAUUGUCAGAGACAAAUAAAUUGACGGCAAAGAAAA